UCAUACAAAACAGAGAAAUAGGCUCCCUUCAGCCUAUAAUGAAACUGUUUAUUGUGCCUAAAAAAGUGAACAUUGAGUGAACAACACAUCCUUUCUCUUUUAAUGUAUUUUUUUUUCUUCUGAUGUUCAAAGCGUGGCGUUAAUUAUAUCACGUAAGUUUCUGUCACAACAUAGUCUCACAACUGCAAAUAGCCCAUUUGGUUGAUAAUGACGUUUCUUUAAACUUUCAAGCGUUUAACACAAAUAUGAUUAACCAUGUGAUCUUGUGUCGUUCAAAAGGAAUUUGACUAUCUUAUCUACUUAGGGUUUGGGAAAUCCAUUAAUAUUUAACCAUUAAGAUGUCGCGUACUGGCGCCAAGUUAAGCAACUUUAUCAGGAGAAACCAUGGAUCGUGUCCAUAAGGAAUCCCCAAUAAUUCACAACAACACUGCUGGUGUCAAAGUGUGCAGAUGUAAAAAAAAAACAAAAAAACUCGAUUUCGGUCUCUUAAAGACAGUGGAGGGACGAAUUGUGAGAGUAGGCGAAGUGAAUCUCUACAGUCUCUACAGUAUUGAUGACGUCAGCCCUAGUCUGAAAAUUGUGUGAGCGUACACCAUUUAAAAGGCUUUUGCAUCAUGAUUAACUUUCACAAUGAUAUUUUUACUCUCUAGUUCUUUAGAAAGCACAUAGCCUAUAGCUAUAGCUUAUUGGUGAUUCAAACUACCGGUAAUCAGAAACCAGGCUGAACAACUUGAAUAAACAUUAAAUUAACUCAAGAUCCCCACAUAACAAUAAUUGGUUCUGGAAAAUAAAAAAAAGAUUUUUGCUGAAUCUAAGAAUCACCGCAGAACCUUUAUUGUGUGGUUUGCGCGCGCCCGUGCACUCACAUCUUAAUAUAUUGCGCGGUCACGAGACAGACACUCUCACUCGGUCAGCUUCGACUGUCAGUAGUAAGACGCGCGCCACGGCGAUAGAUACAAGCGUUUAGACACCAGGCGUACGCACAUGUGCGUGGUGAAAUGCUGGAUUGACUAACACUGAAGAUCUCGGGGAUCAAUGGCGCGCGGCUUUGAGAUCGUUUAAAAUUUAUUGGAAGGGAGAGUGUGAGAGAGAAAGGAAAGAGAGAGAGAGGGAAAACAGUGUCUUUCAACAAUGGAACUUACAAUGGAAAACAUUGGGAAUCUGCACGGCGUGUCACACUCCCAUCAAACGGGGGACUUGAUGAACUCUCCUCACGCGCGACAGUCAACGACCCAUAGGAACUUGGUGUCAUCGCACGGCAGGUCAGCGAUGGUGUCCAGCAUGGCCUCGAUACUGGACGGUGCCGGGGAGUAUCGCACGGACCAUUCGCUGUCCGGUCCUCUCCAUCCAGCAAUGACCAUGUCGUGCGAUUCGAGCAUGAGUCUGAGCAGCACUUACACCACCCUGACGCCGCUGCAGCACCAUUUGCCUCCCAUAUCCAACGUCUCAGAGAAAUUUCACCAUCACCCGCACCCUCACGCUCAUCACCAUCCCGCGCACCAGCGUCUCACCGCUGGAAAUGUCAGCGGCAGCUUCACGCUGAUGCGGGAUGACCGGGGCCUCGCGUCCAUGAGCAACCUAUACGGUCACUACUCCAAAGACUUGUCCGGGAUGGGACAACCUUUAUCGCCUCUUUCCAAUGGCCUUGGGUCUUUGCACAACUCCCAACAGACUCUGAGCGCGUACGGUCCGAGUGCUCACCUGGGGAACGACAAGAUGAUUUCCACGGGAGGCUUUGAGUCUCACCCUGCGAUGCUCGGCCGGGGCGAGGAGCAUCUGGCUAGGGGUUUGAACGGGCAUGGGGCAAGCAUCAUGUCUUCUCUCAACGGCAUCAACCACCACCAUCACCACCACCACAGUCACACGCACUCUCAGGCGAACGGGUCUGUGCUCUCGGAGCGGGAUAGGCAGGCAGCAGGUGCCGGCGGACAGGGUGGGUCAGGGCAGGUGGAGGAGAUCAACACCAAGGAGGUGGCUCAGCGAAUAACGGCGGAGUUAAAGAGGUACAGCAUUCCACAGGCCAUCUUUGCCCAGAGGAUCUUGUGUCGCUCUCAAGGAACUCUGUCGGACCUCCUGAGAAAUCCCAAACCCUGGAGUAAACUCAAGUCAGGUCGGGAGACUUUCAGACGGAUGUGGAAGUGGCUGCAGGAACCUGAGUUCCAGCGCAUGUCAGCCCUUAGGCUUGCAGCCUGCAAGCGCAAGGAACAAGAGCAGCACAAGGAACGCAAUAUGACACCCAAGAAGCAGCGCUUGGUCUUCACCGAUCUGCAGCGCCGCACGCUCAUCGCCAUUUUCAAGGAGAACAAGCGGCCCUCGAAGGAAAUGCAGGUGACCAUCUCGCAGCAGCUGGGCCUGGAACUCAGCACCGUCAGCAACUUCUUCAUGAACGCGCGUCGCCGCUGCGUCGAUCGCUGGCAUGAGGAACACCAUCACGGUCAUGUAGCCAGCCCAGGCCAGCCGGGCACCUCCGCCACCACCUUCUCCAAGGCUUAAAUUUAAACCCCUUUCUCCCCUGGGUGGCUAAGACUGGAUUUUCAUUCCAACCUCACAUAGUCACCCUUUGCGUGCCAAUCAAUCCCACUGCUGCCAAAAAACAAAAAAAUGGCGACGUUUCACGUAAAUGCAACCUUUUACUUCUUUGGGACUGUUAUUAAAUCAAGUCAAACAUCUCCACGUGGAAAAGCACCACAUCAUUCUCGCAUAAACCACAAAAAAGUGAGCACUCUUCAUGCAUUUGAGGAGCACUUUCAUAGCUCACAGCACAGACGGCUUGUUACUCAAGCGAGGUUGUCAAAGAAAGCCACCACCUGCAUCAUCACUCUCAGGCCCAUGGCGGCACAAUUCCCUAAUGGCCAGUUGUUUCUCUGAGGCUCUCAGAUCAUAUGCUAAGCUAAUGAAUUGAGAGACUAAUCGAUACAGACAGAAAAGCGAAGGACGUCGACCUCUACUGAAGGUGAAGCUCCUGCAACAAGGACUCUCGCGUUCACCCAGCACGGCUCUCCAUACGGUUUAUUUUGCACAGAUGGAAAUGGAGGGCUGCGACGUUUCACUGCACUUGAGGUUAAUGCAUGUUCACAAUUCAAACUGUCCGUGAUGCAACAAGUGAAUCAUUUGAGAACUGUCCUCUAGUCUGGAGACAAAAUACUGGACCAUUUUCAGCAAUGGUGCACCCUUUCUGAUCUCGAAAAACUGCGACCUAUGACAUUUCAAGUAUGAAUAGAAUAUUUUUCAUUCCGUAUAAAUACAUAAUAGGCCAAAGGUCAAGACAGGUACAGCCAAAACACAACGAGAGGCACAUUUUAACCUUGUAUGGAAAUAUUUGUUACAAAAUGGUACAUUUACACACAACUGAAAUCUUACUGACAAAUCAAAAAUGUUAUGUUUAUCCUGCAAAGUGGACAUGGGUAAACACAGUCCAAAAAGUUACAUAAAAUCUAGUGCCAAUAAUGUUUGCCUUAAUAUGAAAGUUCACAUACCGCAGAGUAGUUCAGAGUCCACACCUAAACCGGCAUUAUGUGCCAUAGCAACCAACAAUCAUCUUUUAAAAAGAAUCAGAAUCUUUUUUUUAAAACAUAAAUUAUGAAAAUAAUUAAUGCUUUAAAUUAUUCAGUACAUCUGGUCUGUGAUAAAACCAACUGAAAAGUGAGAAAUAUCAGCAACAUAACAGAAAAAUAAAUCUUUAUCCCCUAAUCCCCUUUUUUUCCCACUUACUUUCUCUUCAUAAUAUUAAAGCGGGUAAUUGGUACAAAAUAUUUCUAUUUCUUAUCAAACUUGUGAUCCAUGUAUACGUAAGGCAUCGAUCAUUUGAAAAUUAAAAAAAAAAGGAAAAAAAAAAAAAAGACUUUCUAAAAGAAUAACCAAUCUUCGGAGGACUGCAGCUGGACAUCUCUGCAUUGCAUGUGAACUACCACAGGUCAUAACGGAAGGAACUUUCACUGACCAUGACAGAGACAUUUCUCUCUCUUGGCUCUGUUGAAGAGCACACAAAACAAAAACAAGAAUUCCACCCGAAAUUCCUCCGCAAAACCUUGAAAAACCCUGCCAAAAUGGGUGCGAAACAAGGGCACAACCUUACCUCCGUGGGGAGAUGUUCAAAAAUCGAAGGGGAGUAUUUUUGUGUGUCUUUGAAUGCAACAGUAGCAUUUCUGGAAAUGUUGCAGGACUUGCUGAACAGAUAAAAGUUGGCGGUGUGUUAAUGCAAAAAUGCUCUGAGCAUUGGAGUUAUAAGCAGGCCCAGAUGGAAUCCGCAGAACUACGGUGGAAAAAUCAGUGGAAUUCUGUGGAAUGAAUUCAACCAUGGUGCAAUGUGUAGCUGAAAGCAUAUUCAAAUUAGCCAAAAUAUUUCAUAAACGAAUAUUCAAGGAACAGCAGAAUUCUGUGAAUGACAUGAAUGACAUUCCACAUGAUCUUUCCACUUAAUUAUACACACAGAUUCCAUGUGGGCCUGGUUAUGUGCAUUAAUAGAGCAGAUUUGUGCUACACAAAUCAGCAGGCAUCUAUAUGUACAUUACCUGAUAAAACUGACCUUUUGUUUGUAGUGAGAACCAGUGUGGCUACCUCACUGAGCUGGGUGGUUUGUGAAACAGCCACUGAUACCAAAGAUUCUUUGACCUGCCAAUCCUGUGCUGCCAACGGGAGGAAUACACAAAUACCAAAACCCCAAUAGCAUAACCAAAGCUGUUACAGGUGCAAACAAACAAAUGGAUUUUCACACAUAAUGACAUACAUACUCUCACAGUGCAGUCAGACUGCAUAGCACCACACUGAGGGAUGAGGCUGCUAUGCAGAUUGAGUUGAGUGCCUUUUUCCUUCAACAACGGGUGGGACUGCUCUGGAACACACACACACACACGACACACACUGUGGGUCAGUUCACACACAGAAAGCGGUUUUUGUUUGUUUGUUCAAUUUCGGUCCUUUUUAACAGUUUUUUUCGGUAACCUGCGCUACACUAACGUUUUUAACCGUUUCGCGGUUUUUGAAUUUCUCUCGCGCCGUCGCGCGCGGACGCGGUUAUUUAAAGGCGACGCAUCGAGUUUAAAAACGCGGUUCUAGAUCGUAUGCCAUUUUCCAUGAACGCUGUCAGGCGUUUUUUUUAAACGCCUAUGUGUGAACAGCACCUUGCACAAUUACUUGAACAUACAAAUGUACACUACUUAGGCAUAGACAUUGAAGCACAGGGUGAUUUUGACGUUAGUUUGACAUAAACUGGUGUUUAAGCACUUUAUAAUGCCAAAUUUAUUUAUUGUUUUUGGCACUAUCACUUAACUGAAAUUAUUUGGGCUAAGAGCCCUGGAAAAAUGCCCAGCUUUCUUUUACAUUAGACUAUUUCUUUAUUUCAUUUGCACUGUAUAUAAUUACAAAAAGUUCAAUGAUAAUAUUGAAAUAUAUUUUGCAUGUCAUACACCCUGAUGUCACUCAAAAUGCCUGAGUACUGUACCCACAUAUGGCCUAUUUUCAUUAACACUAAUUUAAAUCAAGCUAUUUCAUAAACUUUUGACAUAAGCCUAUACCAAAAUUGACUUUAUUCUAAGCUACAUGGCUGGCUACAAUUAACAUUUUACACUGAUUUAGGUCAAGAGCAACGAUUCAAAUAAAAUCAGGUUUGUGAUUUUGAUUCAUGAGAAGAGGCCAUUUUAGAAGACACAUAUUGAACCAUUUCCCUCUUAUAUUUCUCCCAUUGGAAACCACAUGGACUUGGCAGGAAGGUGUUGACAAUUGAUUCUGAAAUACCUCAAAUGUUUUGUGUAAAGUUUAUGUAAUUUAGAUUAAACUAAUGCUAAUUACAAUGAGUACACUAACACUGCUAAGACUAAUAAUAGUUAGUUUUUGAACUUGUGACUUGAAGCUUUAUACUGUUAAAUUGUGUUUUUGUUGGUGUUGUUGUUUGGUUCACUCAUUUGCCAAUUUCUUGUUUAUUAUUAUUAUUAUUUUUAUCGAAGGUGGUACUUAAUUCUUUAUAAAAGAAAGACAUUUGAAUGUUUAUAAUGAAAGACAUGACACAAAGGAAAAGGAUUUGAGAGUGAAAGAAAAACAACAUUGAAAGAUGACAGAAAAGAGCAAAAUCACAGUACGCUGAAUUUCCAAUAUAUGCAUCAUUUUUUUCUAAUGAUUUCAGUUUCAGCAUUAGUCAGACUUUAACUAUAUGUUAUUUUUUUUAAAGCUAACUAGAGUGUGUUAAGUGCUCCUAGCAUUGAUUUAAAAAAAUAAUGAAAAAACAAACUCCUCCCAUUUAAAGUGGUGGGGAUACUUUUUUCUGCAUGACUAUUGUAUACUGUAUAGAGUAAAGCUGGAUCGACCUGGACUUUGGAGGGAGCGACUAGGACGAAUACACCACGGGAACGUUGGAGAUGGGUGGGAAGGGUGGUAAAGGUGUUGGAGGGGUCUUUGUUUUGUAGAGUUUUCUGUCACUGUUUUUUUCUCUGGUUGUGUGCAUGUAUUGUUGCAGCCCUCUCUGCCCUCCUUGUAUUUCUUUUAUGUAUAUAACUCUUUAGUGGGGCAUGACCGUUUAUCCUGGGCAACUGAACUUGGUCAUGUACCUAAUGUACACACGUCUCUAAAAAUGUAAUCUUGUGUGCAUUUGUUUACAUGUGGCGUGUUUCUCGAUUUGGGUUGCACACCAUUUCACGCGAAACUGGAAUGCUACCAGACAGUUUUUUUUUUGCAACAGACCCCUCCAACCAGAAAUGGUCUCUCAUUGACUGUAAAACAGCAUCAUGUACAUCAUGUUUCUCUCCGGGUCUGUCAGCAGAUUCAACCCCCCAGUCACACUGUGCUCUUCCUCUUCUGUUACCUGUCAAUCAAUCAGAACCAAGUGUCUUUGUGAUGGUAGAAGACAAUCAGUUUCAAAACUAGGAGAAAAAAAUGGUAGAGAGAAGACAGGCUGAGAGGAGGAGGAGGAGGAGAAGAGGAGAAAGGAAGGAGGAAAGAGGCUCAUUGGUCAAAUAGGUGACUACUGCCCUAUUUAGCUUGCUGUGGUGCUUAUGAUGUGCAACAUUAGCUAACUUUGCAACCGCUCUUCCCUGUAGAUUUGUAUAGUAAAGCAUAGGAAACAUUUAGGUGUUUUAAGAGGUAAAUUUAACUUCAACAAGAAAUUCUAGCCACCAAAAUGGACAAUAAAUAUAAGUUCCAUGCUAAACAUGAUGCUAACACCCACUUUAGCAUUAAGCUACAUUGUUCUCUCACCUAACUAACCUACUCAAACACUGCUGUACCAAUUAAAAAGAGCUAGCGCAGACAAGUGCUAACAUUUGCGCUAACAAUGCUCUUCAACCACAAAACGGUCAAUAAAGAGCUGCCGAGACUGGUAGUCUUUGCACAGAGAACUAUGCAAAAAUACAACAAAAAGAAAAAGCCUUUACCUCAAUCUUAAUCAAUGUUGCUGGUUCAGGCUCUUUUCCACUUCAGUCACUAGGAUGAUGUCACUUGCACCAAUUAUAGAAAACUUGAAAUGUUAUGUACCUGCUAAAACCAUGUCAAACUAGUUUGAACUGGCUUGCUAGGAUUAUUAUUGUUUUGGGGGGGUUUUUUAAGGUGUUUUUUGGGUGCUUGGCAGGCUGGGAGACCAAUACACUGAUAACCUGCUAUGACAGCAAACCACCUUAAGCUGGUUUAAAUUCUUUAUUUUUAAAGCUGGGAAUUUAACAGUGUAGCAAGUUCGCCAGAUUAUUAUAUAUCGAAACACUAUGUACACUAUGGGAAGAGUGUGUGCAAAACAAAAAGCUCUUAAUGAAAACGAUUACAUACACACAAACUCUCCUUAGAGCACAUCUACCUGAGCCAACGACUGAUCCAAGGGUAAAGACAAUCCAAAAAAAAAAAAAACAAUCAGUGUGUGUUUCUGAAGCUGUCGCAUUGCCCUGGCUGACAAUAAUUUAUGACGAGUGCAAGGAUUCAUGAAUUGUAGCAUUCAAGUUCAAUGUAAACACCUAGAAACCAAUAUAAUGAAGGACAAAAUACCUGUCUCCGUUCAAAAUCUUCUGUAGAAGACUUCCCAGUUUAAUAUCCUGUUGAAGCUUCACAUGCACACACAAACUUGUUCUCAGGCAGCUGUUAAAGGUUAAAGGGCAUGUCAUCAUGGAGAGCCUCAUUCCUCCUCCUGUCCUACAGGGGGAGCCAGAGAGCCUGUGGAGCACUUUUCAUUUAGUGCAAAUGGACAGGAGACAAAUUGGAGUAAUAA